AUUUUUAAGAAAAUGUUUUUGCGCCUUUUUUUGCAUAUAGAUUUGAAUAUUCCAAUUGUUUUUGGAAUGUCUGGAAUACCCGAAGCAGAAUUAAGAAGAAAAACGCCUUUCAGAACACAUGUCUGUAAAUUUCAACGUUUUUUGACAACAGUAAUGGAUUUAUUACCUAAACAUGGAAGGGAAGAAGAGCUUGUACAAAUUAUUAGGCAACAUUGUCAAGUAAAACAACUUUCAUUUACAGCAGCUAGAUGGUUAUCAUUUAAACAAUCAAUGAUUGAAACAUUUGCUAAUCAAAAAAAUGGAAAAUUAAAAACCCAAUGGUCUUUACUAAUUUCCUUUUUAAUUUACGAAAUUAAAGAUGCUUAUUUGGCACAUAUUCGAACACUUCGCUCAAGUUCUCUUCCACAAAUUGUAGAAACAAAUAAACUUGAAUUUAGACGGAAAAAGAGUCAAACACAAUCACCUCAACAACAAAAACAAAUUGAAAAGAAAAAAACAAAAUAA